AUGGAGAACGUGCACCGACAAGAGUCGAAACUCGAUGGCAAGAAGGGCCCGGUCGACAUGAAAGAGAUGAUCAAAGCAUCUAGUGCUUUCUCGAGGACCAGAACCCGAAGCGGCUACGCUGAAACGUUGGAGAAGCUGAGGAAAGAGUUCUACGACCGAUGGGAGAAGAACAACCCCUCACCGACCGACGGGUUAAACCAGUUUGACCGGCUGAAGACUCUGGGCACUGGGUCCUUCGGACGAGUGUUUCUAGUGCAGCACCAACAAACCAAAGGAUACUACGCAAUGAAGGUGAUCGACAAGAUCCGCAUCGUGAAACUGAAGCAGGUGGAGCACACGCUCUACGAGAAGAAAAUCCUGGAGUCGGCACGGUUCCCGUUUCUAAUUUCUUUGGAGUUUUCCUUUAAGGACAACAGCUUCAUUUAUUUGCUCAUGCCGUUCAUCAACGGGGGCGAAAUGUUCACUCACUUGAGAAAGGCGCACAAGUUCGAUGAAAGCUUGUCGAAGUUCUACGGGGCUCAAGUGCUGCUCGCUUUGGAGUUUCUUCACUAUUGCGACGUGAUUUACCGGGACCUAAAGCCGGAGAAUAUCCUCAUUGAUAUGAAGGGGUAUCUGAAAAUUGCUGAUAUGGGAUUUUGUAAGAUUGUUAAGGGACGAACUUGGACCCUCUGCGGCACACCCGAGUACAUUGCGCCAGAAAUCAUCCUCAGUAAAGGAUACGGUAAAGCUGUAGAUUGGUGGUCUUAUGGAGUGCUGCUUUUCGAAAUGUCCGCCGGAUAUCCUCCUUUCACGUCCGGCGAUCCMAUGAAGGUGUACGAGAAAAUMAUUUCGUGCAAGUAUAAAACACCUGCGUUUUUCACCUUGGAGCUGAGCGAUCUAAUUCGAAACAUGCURCAGGUGGAUCUCAGUCGCAGAUAG